AUGGCCAAAAAAUGUACCACAGAUACAGAGAUUUCUAAGAAACUAGAGAAAAAGACAUCUGAUCCAUGGGAAGUAAAAGUGGUAGAGGCAAUGGAGAAUAUCUGUAAGGCCAGUUCAUUCAGGUCCUAUGAUUAUUCACCACCAACAACAGUUAAGGGCUGUAAUUUUCUUCUAGAAAACUACGAUGAAGAUAUCGAACAAGUGUUCAUUAAAAAAGAAUCAGAUCCAGAAAAAAAGAUAUGCUACGAGAUCAGCAAAGCUUGCGAGGGAGUGGAUAGAACCAAAAAAGAGAAAGAAGAUAUGGAUGUGAGGGUCAACGAUGAGAAGCAAGAAGUUAAUAAACAAGACGAUGGAAUCCAGAGACUAAACGUGGACAUAAAUGACCCUAACUCAGCUUCUAGACUCGCAGAACAGAUCAAACAACRAAUGGCCAUGCAGCAGGCGGGUGGUGGGCCAAAUGAUUAUGAUGGUGACGAUGAGGAAGGAGAUGCUGAUGAAAUGCCAGAGGACAUGGACGAGGAGGAGGGUGAUGGUGAUGAAGGAAAUGAAAGGUCUGUAAAAAAACCCGCAAAGACAGACGAGAAAGAAGAAAAGACGACUGAAAAACAAGACAAGCCUGAAGGGGAAGAUGAAAAACAAAGUACAAAGCAGAAGACUGAGCUCUAGGAAGAAUAUCCAAAAUUAUGAAAUAUUAAGAAAUGAAAUCAAAAUUUAUAAUGAAGUAUAACAAUGUUGAAUUAUACUAUAUCUUUUAUGUUUUUAGGUUGUUAAAGUCAGUAGUAUUCAAGUAUCGUUUGUCGUACAACAGUAGCGUCAAAACUCGGAAAGUCUCUAGAUUACAUUGAGGCUAUGCAUUAACGUUGCUCUAGCCGCAUGCAUGCUGCGCGUGUAUUUGACUAGCCCUUCUAAGUUAUCUUUGAUGCGAGGCUAACAGGCAAAGAACUACAACAAAAGAAAUAGCACUUUUACCAUCGAGAA